GAGAUCAUAACAGCAGUGGAGUGUAACUGUUUCCUGGUGCUCUUCCACCGAAAGACUAAUCAUUUUUGCUCUUGACUGACCGUUGUUGGUGCUCUCCGUUUUAUAAGAGACGAUGUCCCUGUCUGGGUGGGUGUGUGUGGUUACUGGCGCCUCCAGGGGCAUUGGCAGAGGAAUAGCGCUGCAGCUGUCUGAGGCAGGAGCUACUGUUUACAUCACAGGGCGCCAGCAGAAGGCUCUGGUAGAAACUGCUGCACAGAUCAGUGAGAGAGGAGGAAAAUGUGUGCCAGUUGUAUGUGAUUCUACAAAAGAUGAAGACAUUGAAGAGCUUUUUGAACGCAUCAAACGUGAACAGCAUGGCAGAUUGGACAUCCUGGUUAAUAACGCCUAUGCUGGAGUACAGUCUAUCUUUGACAACAUGGGGAGGAAGUUUUGGGAAACUGAUCCGUCCAUUUGGGAUUCCAUCAACAAUGCGGGACUCAGGGGGCACUACAUUUUCUCAGUUUAUGGCUCCCGGCUGAUGGUGGCUCAAGGUCGCGGUUUGAUCGUGAUCGUCUCAUCUAUCGGUGGGCUGAGUUACCUGUUCAAUGUGUCAUAUGGAGUUGGGAAAGCUGCAUGUGACAGGCUGGCAGCAGACAUGGCGCAGGAGCUAAAGAGUAGCGGCGUGGCCUCCGUCAGCCUGUGGCCAGGAGCAGUUCAAACGGAGAUGAUAUCUGAGCUUAUCCUGCAAGAAGAACCACAAGGUCUGGAUUCCAAGAUGGUAGAAGUGUUUAAAAAUGGAGAAACCACAGAGCUGAGCGGGAAGUGCAUUGUCAACCUGGCGAAAGAUAAAAAUCUCAUGUCGCUGACUGGGAAGGUGCUCAUGAACUGUGAUCUGGCGAGGCGCUAUGGGAUACGAGAUGUCGAUGGGCGGAUUGUGGCUGAUUAUUUUUCCCUAAAAUACUUACUGACUCAGAUGCCGUACCUCUCGUGGCUCUCAGUGAUGGUCCCCUCAUUCCUGCGCCUGCCGCACUUUGUGCUCAGUCUGGCAAACAGCCGCUUCUAAGGACUUCAGCAUCAGCGUCAACGCCAUAUUACUGUAACCCAGAGCUGUGAUAUUUAUGCUUAAAGGCGACAGCCACUACAAUUAUAUGAGUAAUGAAUGAAGUAUCACGAUUUACACUUAAUAUCCUCUGAAUGUGUGUUUAAACAGUUAGAAAGAUAUACGUAUCUGCUCCUGUUUGAGUAUUUCAUGAUUGCUAAUCUGUGAAGUUAAGAGUUAAAAGAGGUUAACAAGAAAGCCUUAUUUUUUGUCCAGCAAAUGUUUUGACAAAUAUCAGACAAAGCUGAACCCUAAAAAGGUGAUUCUAACAACUGCAACGUAAAUGUAAGACGUGAGGCAGGUUCCUGUAUCAAGUGUUAAUUUACACUAGCUAAUAAGCUUAAAUUCAAAAUAAACUGUGAUGCAAGCGACUUUAAAUGUCUUGGUAUUGUUAAAAUAUUAGUGGUCUACUCUAAAGACAUUAUUAGAGAAAAUAUACCCUUAGUGAGGUGGUGGAUUCAUCACUCAAACUCCUAGCUGUAUUAACAAACUAAGUUUAAGUAGAUUGCCUUUUUCUCUUCAUGUCUUGCCUUGAAAUAAGAUAUAAUAUUGCCUCAUUAGAUUGUUUUAUAUA